UUUAGCGCCAUCUGCUCGCGGCGCCGCCUCCUGCUCCUCCCGCCGCCGCUGCCGCCCUGAGUCACUGCCUGCGCAGCUCCGGUCGCCGGGCUCUCCCGACUAGCCGCCGAUAUUUGGAGUUCUUACAACAUGGCAGACAUUGACAACAAAGAACAGUCUGAACUUGAUCAAGAUUUGGAUGAUGUUGAAGAAGUAGAAGAAGAAGAAACUGGUGAAGAAACAAAAAUCAAAGCGCGUCAACUGACUGUUCAGAUGAUGCAAAAUCCUCAGAUUCUUGCAGCCCUUCAAGAAAGACUUGAUGGUUUGGUAGAAACACCAACAGGAUACAUUGAAAGCUUGCCUAGGGUAGUUAAAAGACGAGUGAAUGCUCUCAAAAACCUGCAAGUUAAAUGUGCACAGAUAGAAGCCAAAUUCUAUGAGGAAGUUCAUGAUCUUGAAAGGAAGUAUGCUGUUCUCUAUCAGCCUCUAUUUGAUAAGCGAUUUGAGAUUAUAAAUGCAAUUUAUGAACCUACGGAAGAAGAAUGUGAAUGGAAACCAGAUGAGGAAGAUGAAAUUUCAGAGGAGUUGAAAGAAAAAGCCAAGAUUGAAGAUGAGAAAAAAGAUGAAGAAAAAGAAGACCCCAAAGGAAUUCCUGAAUUUUGGUUGACUGUUUUUAAGAAUGUUGACCUGCUCAGUGAUAUGGUGCAGGAACAUGAUGAACCUAUUCUAAAGCACUUGAAAGAUAUUAAAGUGAAGUUCUCUGAUGCUGGGCAGCCUAUGAGUUUUGUCUUAGAAUUUCACUUUGAACCCAAUGAAUAUUUCACAAAUGAAGUGCUAACAAAGACAUAUAGGAUGAGAUCAGAACCAGAUGAUUCCGAUCCCUUUUCUUUUGACGGACCAGAAAUUAUGGGUUGUACGGGGUGCCAGAUAGAUUGGAAAAAAGGAAAGAAUGUCACUUUGAAAACCAUUAAGAAGAAGCAGAAACACAAGGGACGUGGGACAGUUCGUACUGUGACUAAAACAGUUUCCAACGACUCUUUCUUUAAUUUUUUUGCCCCUCCUGAAGUUCCUGAGAGUGGAGAUUUGGAUGAUGAUGCUGAAGCUAUCCUUGCUGCAGACUUUGAAAUUGGUCACUUUUUACGUGAACGUAUAAUCCCAAGAUCAGUGUUAUACUUUACUGGAGAAGCUAUUGAAGAUGAUGACGAUGAUUAUGAUGAAGAAGGUGAAGAAGCAGAUGAGGAAGGGGAAGAAGAAGGAGAUGAGGAAAAUGAUCCAGACUAUGACCCAAAGAAGGAUCAAAACCCAGCAGAGUGCAAGCAGCAGUGAAGCAGGAUGUAUGUGGCCUUGAGGAUAACCUGCACUGUAAUAGCCUAAACACAACUAUUAUUUACUUACAGCCUUAUGUUUUUGUAUUUCCUUGGUAGAUUCAGUAAUUUUUUUUAAGGGAAAGGAAUUCAUACUUUAAAGAUCAAUUUGUUCUACCUAGCAUUUUAACAAUAGUUUUCCUGCCAGAUAUGUUGAAUGCUCAGAUUCUUUCAUGCAUGUUCAUUCAUUGCUACAUAGUUUGGUUCUCCUGGAAGUUUUUCAAAGUGUAGCUUUUGGAGUACAAUUUUGAAUUGCAGCUGUUUUUGUUUGCUCAUUUUUUUUCCUGAAGAACCAAAGUAUUUUUUCAGUUGGUAGUUGAAUGAAUUUGUCUGCUUGCAUUAGCUGUGCCUUUCAUUAAUUUGUUACAGAAAUGCAAUGAUUUAUACUAAAACAAUUCAUAUUUAAGAAAAAAAGAGACCAGAUUUGUGGUUAAGAAUUUCCAGUAUGACCACAACCAAUAGCUGUUAGAUUGUUAAUGGGCUUUUCUAUUUUUAGGCGACAUAUAACUUUUAACAAAAACCUCUAAUUCAUAGUGGUUAUUGGUUGCCCAUAUGGAGGUCAACAAAACGUAGGAUUUUCAAGUUAGCUUGAUAUCUAACUGUACUUUUAAAUGUAACCUCCAUUAAAUUAACUAAGCAUCUUUUCUUUGUGGUAGGGUCUACCUUCUGCUUCUCUGGAAAGGAUGAAUUUACAUCAUUUGACGAGCCUAUUUCAAGUUUUUUGUUAUUGUUUGUUUUGCUUGUUUUUGUUUUUGCAGCCUAAAAUAAAAAUGUCAAAUACAAUUUUAGUUUUCUAAGAUAAUGUCUUAAUUUUGUACUAAUUUAGGUUAGAAGCAAGGCUUAGCUUGAAUUAAGGGUUGUGCCCAGUUAAUCAUAUUGAAGAAAAGGGUGCCAACUUCAGAAAAGUAUACUACCAGAAAACAAGUGUUUAAAAAAAAAAAAAAAGACUUAAAUGAUGUAAUACUUUUUUAAAAAGAAAAAUUAAAAAGCUAAAUUCCAUUUCCUCAUGUUUGGGACUAGAGAGAAGACCCCAGGCUUCUAUGAUUUAUCUAAUUAUUAAGCUUUUGUUUAGUAUGUAUUAAAAUGGGUAGUACUGUUUACCUAACUACCUCACCUAUGUGUUAAAGCAUAUUAAAUCUCAUGAAAUGUUUCAGUCUGAUUAAAACCUUGAAAAAUCUGA